AAAAGCAAAGAAAGCAGAGUUGACUUUCAACUCUCUCCAUCACCUUUGAACAUACAGAAUAACGAUUAGACAUGAAGAAGUUCCGGAAGGUGUUGGACGGUUUGACCACCUCCUCUCCAGGAGGGCCUAUAGGAUCUCCGUCGUGCGGCAGUGCCGCCGGGACUCCCACCGCUGCGCCCACUCCCAGAGAAAUCGACGUCCAGGAGACUCUGAUAUCGGAAAACUUUCAGCUCUGUAAGACCGUUCGUCAUGGUUUUCCUUACCAGCCCACUGCUUUGGCCUUUGACCCAGUGCAGAAGAUCCUGGCGAUCGGCUCGAGAUCAGGCGGCGUGCGAAUACUGGGGCGACCUGGGGUGGACUGCUACUGUCAGCAUGAGAGCGGAGCAGCUGUUCUCCAACUGCAGUUCCUCAUCAACGAGGGGGCGCUGGUCACAGCCUGUGCAGACGACACACUACACUUGUGGAAUCUGCGCCAGAGACGGCCAGCAGUCCUUCAUUCGCUCAAAUUCAACAGAGAAAGGAUCACAUUUUGCCACCUGCCGUUUCAGAGUAAAUGGCUGUACGUGGGGACGGAGCGAGGAAACACACACAUCGUCAACAUCGAGUCCUUUAUUUUGUCCGGCUACGUCAUCAUGUGGAACAAGGCCAUAGAACUAUCAACUAAAACUCACCCUGGACCUGUGGUUCAUUUGAGUGACAGCCCAAAGGAUGAAGGCAAGCUGCUUAUCGGGUUUGAGAGCGGGACGAUUGUACAAUGGGACCUCCGGGCCAAGAAGGCCGACUUCAGAAUCUACUACGAUGAGGCCAUCCAUUCGGUCAGCUGGCACCAUGAAGGGAAGCAGUUCAUGUGCAGUCACUCGGACGGCAGCCUGACUCUGUGGAACCUCAGAAACACCACCAAGCCAUUCCAAGUCACCUUCCCUCAUGGAAAGAUACAAAAGGAUGGGAGAAAGGAGUCGUGUAAACCCAUCCUCAAGGUGGAGUACAAGACCUCAAGAAGCAGCGAGCCUUUUGUUAUCUUCUCUGGGGGUCUUUCAUAUGACAAGGCGGGACGGCGGCCAACAUUAACCAUCAUGCAUGGCAAGGCCAUCACUGUGCUGGAGAUGGACUAUCCUAUUGUGGAGUUCAUGGUGCUCUGUGAGACUCCUUACAACAACGAGGUUCAGGAGCCUUACGCAGUGGUCGUGCUUUUGGAGAAGGACCUAAUCGUUGUGGAUCUGACACAGAGCAACUUCCCUGUCUUUGAGAACCCUUACCCCAUGGAUAUCCACGAGUCUCCAGUUACCUGCACAGCUUAUUUCGCAGACUGUCCACCAGACAUCAUCCCCAUCCUCUACUCCAUAGGAACCAAACACAAGAAGACCGGCUACAGUCAAAAGGAGUGGCCAGUCAGUGGGGGCACGUGGACGUUGGGCUCACACACUUAUCCAGAGAUCAUCAUCACAGGACAUGCUGAUGGAUCAAUCAAGUUUUGGGAUGCAUCUGCAAUCACACUGCAGAUGUUAUACAAGCUGAAGACCUCCAAAGUGUUUGAGAAGCCGAAGCCCGGCGAGGGCCGAGCUGCUGAGCUGGUGGAGGAAGACCCCUUCGCCGUCCAGAUGGUCAGCUGGUGCCCGCAGAGUCGCAUCUUCUGUGUGGUUGGCAUCUCGGCUCACAUCAUCCUGUACCGCUUCAGCAAAUACGAUGCCAACACGCAGAUAGUGUCGUUAGAGGUGCGCUUGCAGUGUGAGCCGGAGGAUGUCAUCUCCCCGUCGGAGAAUGAGAACAAUCCUUGUUUCACGGAGCCCGGCUCCCACUCGCCCCAGCCUCACCACCAACACCCAGCCAGCCCUGGAAACAGGACGCCGGAGGGCAUGAAAGACAGCGUCCCAUGCCUCAAGGUGAAGGACCGAAUGGUCCGGGUCCCUCCUGGAUAUCAGUCUGACCUGGUCAUCCAGCUGCUGUGGGUAGACGGAGAACCUCCACAACAGAUCACCAGCCUGGACAUCAACUCUGCCUACGGCCUCUUGGCAUUCGGGAACUGUAACGGCCUAGCAGUAGUGGACUACCUGCAGAAAACCAUCCUGUUGUGCAUGUCGACACUGGAUCUGUACGGGGCCACUGACCCUUACCAACGCCUUACUCGUUCCCCUCGCAGAAACAGACAGUCCACCUCAGAGUUUUGCAUGCGUGGCCUGUCUAACUUUUAUUCAGAUUCAAAGAAAAGGAUCCGUACAUCCUAUCAGAGCCUUACUGAACUUACCGACAACCAGCAGUCCAUUGACAUGGAGAGAAGCAAGUCGCCCACUUCAGUCUGUUCUGUUGGAUCUCCUGUUCCAGUUCAUUACCCAACCUCCCUUCACAAUGACCCACGCAUCCUGCCAGAGCCCGUGGCCAGUCUGAGAGCCAGCCACUGCAGUCCAGUCUUUUACUUACUGGACAAUGUAAAGGGGCCCGGCAGAAAGUUAAGUCUGCCAACAGAUCUUAAGACUGAUCUUGAUCAUGUCAAUGGACAUUGCACUAGCCCCACCUCCCAGCCCUGCUCGGCGGGGAAGCCUCGUGUUCCGAUGGGUCCUGAGGGGCCACGGCUUGCCCGCAGAGGCCCCGGCCGACCGCCCUUCCGCAAGGCCCAGUCCGCUGCUUGCAUGGAGAUCUCUUUGCCUGUGUCCCACACUGAAGUAGGGCAUGCGUCCAGGAGGGCAAUGCUUCAGCAGUUACACGGAGUCACUAUGUACUCACAUGACGAGCACCACACCACCGCCUCCUACUGCUGGAGUGAGAGAGAGAGUCGUGAGAACUCCUUCAGCCGCUCGCGUAGUUCCAGCGUGUCCAGCAUUGACCGGGACACCAAAGAGGCCAUCACCACACUGCAGUUUGGAGAGUCCUACGGACGCAAGAGCGACGCCUUGCCAACUCCGUGCCUGUGGGUGGGCACCAGUUUAGGCGUCGUCCUUCUCAUCCCGAUGUCCAUCCCUACAGACCAGGAGGAAAGGAUGGAGGAAGCCGUCACAAUCGGCCCCAGCGGCGCCGUCCUGAUGCUGAAGGGUUCCGUGUUGCGCUUCGGCUUCUUGGAUUGCAUGGGAGCGCUGAUCCAGAGCCCCUACGAGGUUUGGCGGGACCUCAACGCCCCCGAGGACCCCGACAGACCGCGGAGGCGCAAGCUGGUCCACUUUUCACCCUCCUCCUCCCAGGACGCCUGCGGAGAGGGACAUUUGGCUGUGGUGUGCUCUGAAAGACAGGCCAAAGUCUUCUUGAUGCCGUCCCAGUCUUGCCUCUUUGUCCACAACAUCACCGAGUCGUCCUUUGUGCUGCGAGCCGACGUGGUGUCUGUGUGUAACAGUGUGUGCCUGGCCUGCUUCUGCGCCAACGGACAUGUCAUGACGCUCAGUUUGCCGAGUUUAAGACCGCUGAUGGAUGUCAAUUACCUGCCUCUGACAGACAUGCGCAUUGCCAGAACCUUUUGCUUCACCAACGGGGGGCAGGCACUAUAUCUCAGCUCCCCCACAGAGAUCCAGAGAAUCACAUACAGUCAGGAGAUGUGUGACAACCUGCAGGAAAUGCUGGGGGAGUUGUUUACGCCUAUUGAAACGCCUGAAGCCCAGAACAGAGGAUUUUUAAAGGGAUUCUUUGGAGGAAAUGCUCAUACCUUCGACAGAGAGGAGCUCUUUGGCGAGGCAGCAGCUGGGAAGGCUUCUCGGAGUCUGGCGCAGCACAUCCCCGGGCAAGGCGGCGUGGAGGGCAUGAAGGUGGCAGCUAGUGGGGUGGUGGGGGAGCUGGCACGGGCCCGCAUUGCUCUGGAUGAGAGAGGCCAGAGGCUGGGGGAGCUGGAGGAGCGGACCGCCCUCAUGAUGACCAGCGCAGAAACCUUCUCCAAACAUGCUCACGAGCUGAUGCUGAAGUGCAAGGACAAAAAGUGGUACCAGUUCUAAUAGCAGAGCGGAGGGCCGGGAGCUGCCCUCGGGCUGCGGGGAACUUUAUCGCCGCGACAGAACUUUCACUUUGAAAAUGAAAGCGAUUAAAAGAGGGACACGAGAGUGACUUUGUCUUAACUGCUUCUGGACCGGCUUCACACGGGGCAUUCGUCACUUUGUCGAAUGCCACAGACGUGCUUGUUCGCGAUGGGGACAGAGAGACUGGUGGUAUUAGAGAGGCUGUGUAUGAAAGUGAAAACGUCUUGAGAGUUUCUGUGUGUGUGUGUGUGUGUGUGUGUGUGUGUGUGUGUGUGUGUGUGUGUGUGUGUGUGUGUGUGUGUGUGUGUGUGUGUGUGUGUGUGUGUGCGCGUGCGUGUGAGUGACUGUGAACUGGUGCGCUUGGGUUUUCAGGACCUUAACAUGUAGAUACUCAAACAUAAAGAAACCAACAAGAAAUGCAUGAAACAACAAUGGAUGACUAUUAAAAUAUACAACUGCCAUAUUAAAAAGCAGCAUGCUACUUUAACAGGAGAUUCAAAAAUUAAAUAAAAAAAAUUUAUUUACUAUGUAAGCCAACAACAGAAACUAUGAAAAACUUUAUAUUUUUUGAGAUAUUGACAAAAUCUAUAUAUAAAAAGGGAAAUGUAUACCUGCAUUGCUAUUAAGCCAAAACUUGUGUUACUUUCCCUUUUUCUUUUUUUUUCUUUUUUUUUUUUUCCACUUCUGGUUGAUUUCGUUACUUUUGUCCUAGUCUCAGCAAAUAUUACUUGACACAAUAUAAAUGCACAUAGUUACCUUUAUCUACACACACUUAGAAUAAUGCUAAAACUUUGUUCUUACUUCAAUUACUCUGGGCUGCACCAUGCAAAUAUAAGUCAGUAGUAUUAACACUUAACUCUGCACAGUCUAAAGAUCUGUCUUCACUUUUCAGCUGCUGCUACUUACGAAAGCGUUAAACAAUGGUACGGGAUAUCUCGCUCCCCUGCUACAGUUGUAUGAAAACACGGAUGUGACAUGAAUGCAAAGGUUUAGAGAGAUGAGAAGGUCUUCUGGAUUACGUGUUUAUAUCUAUAGUAUGACACUAUGUACUAUUCACGUGCCAUAAAAAAUAAAAAAACUGGAUGGAUGGAGAAAUCCACUCACGACCAACUAACAAAGAGCUAAUACUGUAUGUGGUAGUCAUUGAUGAUAAUAGAUGGGUCGUAAUAAUAAGACACGCCACUGAGGGCAUUUAUCAGCAUCAAACACAUGAAAAAACUAAAAGUAUGAGGGUGUUUUUGUUUACUUUUUUGAUUGUCACUGGAUCACCAUUUGAGUCUUUCGCUGCCUUUGUCGGAUGUAUGAGUUGGAAGAAGUUCAUGUGUGAAGAAUAAGUGAGAGGGAGGCAAAGGGUGUCAGAUGUUAAAACCCGACUUUCUUUUUCUCUACCAAAGCAAUCAGAAAUGAAUGACACGCUCCCAUCACUUUCCACCUCGGUCCUGUGGUUUCCAGCGUUAAAAAAAAAAAAAGUAGUUCUCUUUUCAUAACGACUCAGAACGGGGCGUUAGUAUCACAUGUGCUCAUACUCUGCCCACUCCCUCGUGAGGUGUCCAUCAGUGAAGCGUUCCGGAGAAGUGGUGACAGUAUUCUUUCUUUACUUUCAAGUGAUGUUGAGAUGUUGAGUCAGUGAAGAAACUAUGUACAUGUGUAAAACAUUUGCAACAAUUUCAACUGAAGGCGAAUACGUUUUGUUUUUAUUUUCAAUAUUGUUCUUGAUGACUAUGAUAUCCUUGUGUCGCAGUCCUAUAUUUGAUGGUUAUGGCCUCUUAACUGACGGCUCUUGUAUUUUAAAAUCAACAAAUGUUUCAUGAUACAUGGUUGUGUAUCAUAUUGUGAUUGUGUUGUAUGUCAGUGAAUAGAACGCAACACGGACAACAGCAUUAAGUGAGGAGGAUAUUUUGUACUUGUGUAUUUGUCUGUAUUUUGAACUGAUCUGAGAAAAAAAAAACUAAUCAAUCAGACGAUUAUGGAUACCCAUCUCUCUAUCUCACGUUGAAUUUUUCAGCACUUGAGCAUCAAAACAAAGUAAUGCGCUUUGGCAUCACUCGCACAUAGAAUAUGCACAGCGACACUCAAAGCCAAUGAUUUCAAGACAAAAACAAAACAAAAAAAAAAAUGCAAGUGAGUCAAGUAGUUUCUGCCCGCCUUCUGUCAGGCUGCUGAAACAUUCCUACAGCUUCAACACCUUUCAGGCCUAUUUACUUCAACUACAGUUCAGGUGAAAUCCUAAAUCCCACGGCACAGGGAUUCCACAAAUUACAGAAUUUGACUCGAAAUGGUGUCCUAGUACAUGUCAAAAUUAAUCGGCAAAUACACAUUUCUCUUCUAUUUCUGUAUCGUCAAUGAGAUUUGUGUUCAGUGCAGUUCUUUCAAAGGCAGAGAAAAUACAC